GCGCCCUGUCGUCCUGCCGAUUUAUUUUUUUCGUUCAUUCAUCCUCUCCCCGAUCCUUUCUGCGCUGCCGCCCACCACCAUGCGCUGUCGCCCGCCACCACGCGCCACCGCGCAUAGCAUAGAGAGAGGAUGGGAGGCAGAGGGCCCCGAUCGCUUCUGUUGCUGCCGGCGGCGGUCUCCCGUAUGCAGGAGCGGCGCCCGUUGGGGUCGAAGGCAGCGGCCUGGCCCAAGGCGGCGCGCUGAUCGAAGUUGGAGGAGGUGCCACGCCCUCGGCCGAUAUUUAUUUUGAGUACUAAUUAAUCUUAACAAUAAUUUUACUUAAUAAUGGACCGCUACAAUUUUAUACUCCACUUCAUAGCUUAGCCACGAAAGAAUACAUACCAUUUCUGAAUCAUCCGGCCAUCGACAGUUUUGUCUCUAAGCUGAGACCACUCACUGCUUCCACACGCAUCACCUUCUGCUCAAUGCUUAAAGUUUUUCUCCUCUAAGUUGGGUCCCGGCUUAUAUAAAAAAACUCAUUUUCAUCGUGAACAACUAGUCCUCGCAUCUCAAACUCAGCCUUUCUCCAAGCAUGAUAUGCUAUUUUAGUCCUUAGAGAUUGCCUCUAGAUGAAGAGGUGGUUUUCAACUUCAUUUCUUAGAGGCACAUGCCUGCAGUCCUUGGAGACAACCUCCAAGCCUUAGAGAUGGUUAUAGAGGUAGGUAUUUUAAAAAAUGUGGAUGCUCUUAGUAACCAGGAAACUUCUCGAGGAAUACUAUUUCAGUGAUUCACUCCCUAAAGACAAAUUAAUACAUUGCCUGUUUUUCUAGGAUAGGAAUGAGUUGGGGUUUGCUGUUUGGCUGUGCCUGACGUGUCACGUAGGGCUGGAACCAAUCGGUCCUUGUAAUGACUAUUGCUCCCGAUAUAAAGGAAUUGGUACUUGCUUGCGCCUCCCCGGCAACUCUGUACACACCGGCACCACCAUUCCGUGGGCAUGGAGGGCAUGGCUGGCGCCGUCAGGGACCUGGCCACCCUCUCCACGCGGCUCUUCCUCCACCUUGGAAGCGAAAAAACUAACAUGGCCAUCUCACCGUUGUCCUUCCACUCUGUGCUCGUCCUUCUCGCUGCCAGUGCCACGGGCCACACCUUUGCCCAGAUCGUGUCCUUCCUGGGCUCCUCUAGCGACGCAGCGCAUGCAUCCCUCGCCUCUCAGGUAGCCUCUGGUAUUUUCGCUGGGGACAACGGCGGGGAGCCUUACAUCCGGUGCGCCCUAGGAGUUUGGGUGGACUCAUCGUUCCCGCUUAGGCACGAUUUUGCAAAGAAGGUCACCUCUCAGUACAAGGCCGGGGUGCGAGCCAUGCCCUUCCAAGAUAAGGCUGACGAGGCCAGAGCUGAGAUCAACCGCUGGUUCGAGGACAAAACGGAUGGCUUCAUCCGAGAGCUCAUUCCGCAAGGCCAGCUGGACAACGAUACAAUCAUUGUCAUCGGCAAUGCGCUCUACCUGAGAGGCACAUGGCUGGACCCGUUCGACCGCGAUGACACCAUGGACGGCAACUUCUUCUUGCCUGACAGUGACAAAAGCAGCUGCGCCCCUGUGCGCGUGCCGUUCAUGACGAGCAAAAACAGACAACUUAUCAGCUGCCAUCCCGGCUUCAAAGUCCUGCAGCUGCCCUAUGAGGGCGGCGGCGACCACAAGUUCAGCAUGCACAUUUAUCUCCCCGAUGAGCGUGAUGGCUUACAGCCCUUGGUCCAUGAGCUCAGCUCUGACAUGGCUGGGUUCUUGGAUAGCUGCGUUCCUGCAGAACCGGUCCAAGUGGGAGACUUCAGGAUCCCCAGGUUCAAGGUGUCGCUCAAGAUAGAGGCAUCGAAACUUCUAAAGGAUCUGGGGCUCGAGCGUCCGUUCCAAUUUUCGUAUGACUUCGCAGGGAUGAUUGACUGCCCCAAGUCUCUUGCGGUGGCAAACGUACUUCACGAGUGCAUUGUUGAGGUCAACGAGGAUGGAACCAUAGCCGCUGCAUCCACCGAGGCUGACAUGAUAAUGGGCUUCUCCAUCGAGGGGGAGGAGCACGUUGAAGUUGUCGACUUCGUGACGGAUCACCCAUUCUUGUUCCUCGUCAAGGAGGACAAGACUGGCCUAGUGCUUUUUGCAGGGCAGGUGGUCAAUCCUUUGCUCUAGCUCUGCUAGAAAUUCUUCGGUGUCAAAGUGGAAUAAUAAAUAAUCAUCUGUUUCUGUCUACAACUGGCUUGAUCCAUAAAUCUGUAUUUGCAAUUUCAUAUUGUUUAAAUUUAUUUGUCUAUCAGGAUUUUGUACUUCCGGAUGGGGGUGACUAACUGACUAUACAAUGAUGGUACCUUGGAUAGACCUGGCGACGGAACGUUCCAACGACACGACAUGCCAUUUCCAGGUGUUUCGAUUGCGGACGCCAACAGCUGGUUUCUCAGACUAGCUUCCUCCCUUUCCCUCGUUCCCUGUGAUCUGUUUUCGUUAUGGUUCAUAAUGGAAAGGGAGAGGCUGGGUUUGAAAACACGCGCUCUAUGCUCUAGCCCACGCCCACUUGGUCAUUUCAUUCAAGAAUAUAUGUUCCUAGAAACUGAGGAAAUGAUUAUACCAAAAAUAACAUACAAAAUCAGUGUUCUCAUCGAGCUGCCUAAUGCCCUAAUCAGGGCAAACAAUAGUAAAAGCUAGAGAACAUUCGUUUGCUGGCAUUCCCAAGAAUAGAUGAAAAGGCGAAAAUUGCAUUCUUCAAUAAUGCGGCCAUCGGAUUCACUGGACAGCUUCGCCUCCAGCUUGACAAAAUAUUUCCCUACUUUUAACGAAAAUCAUGAAAAAGUUGUGAGAACUCAAUACAAGUAUUACAGAGAGCAUGGCAUUCAUAAAGCGUGCCAUUCAAGAAAAUAUUUACCUACUUUGAGCUCUGAGCAGAAUUUGCAGAGUACCAUGAAGAUCACCCUAAAAUUUCAGUUGCACAAAUAAAUUCAA